GUUGGUAUUAUGCUGGUUACGUUAUGGUCGAAGGAAAGAAUGUGUGCUGUUAUUAUAAUGAAAGUGCUCUUGUGAUGUGGUUUUAGCAUGGAUGAAUUGGAUGACAGAUUUUAUUAUGUUUAUAGCUCUUCUCUGGAGACAAGAAUACAGAUUAAGAUAGGAACACUAGAAGGCAAGAGGCAGAAACCAGAAUAUGACAAGCUUCUUUCAAAUCCAAUGCUUAAAUUUUCUGGACUGUACCAGGAUGGCUUUGCAGAUUUGGUGGUGGUUUGCCAAGUAUUUUCUGAUGGCCGGCCAUUGGCUCUUCCAGUUUCCACUUCUUAUAAGGCUUUUACCACAAGAUGGAACUGGAAUGAGUGGGUGACAUUGCCUGUGAUGUUCAGUGACCUUCCUCGCAAUGCUCAGUUAGCACUGACUGUUUAUGAUACAGUGGGUCCUUCUAAAAUCCAGCCUGUUGGAGGAACCACCAUUUCCCUAUUUGGCAAGCAUGGUGUGUUUAGACAGGGAAUGUUGGAUCUGCGAGUGUGGCCCAGUCAAGAAGCUGAUGGUAAUUUUCCAAGUUCCACUCCUGGAAAAGCUAGGGAUCAUGGCAAGGAACAGAUGCAGAGGCUUGCUAAGUUAACAAAAAAGCAUCGUAAUGGUCACAUAGCCAAAGUGGAUUGGUUGGACCGUUUGACAUUCCGUGAGAUUGAGUUAAUCAACGAAAGAGAGAAACGAAACUCAGACUAUCUGUAUCUCAUGAUAGAGUUUCCAUUGGUUGAGUUGGAAGGGGUACCGCAUUCAGUAGUGUUCUAUGAACAGGAUGGUGAUGAAGUGUACCAGUUUCGAGCCCAGGCCGAUCUUGUCAGAGUUCCUGAUCAUGAAAUAUUACAGGAGAACCUUGUGGAGAGUAAGCAUCACAAGCUUGCAAGAAGUCUUCGAAGUGGUGUCUCUGACAAAGAUGCCAAGCCUAAUGCCAGUGUUCGUGACCUUCUCAAUACCAUUGUGGCAUAUCCUCCAACCAAACAACUGACAACUGAAGAGCAAGAUUUAGUUUGGAAAUUCCGUUUUUAUCUCAGUAACCAAAAGAAGGCUCUAACCAAAUUCCUAAAAUGUGUAAACUGGAAACUGAGUGGAGAGGUACGACAGGCACUAGAUAUGCUUCAGCAGUGGACACCAAUGGAUGUGGAGGAUGCUUUAGAACUACUGAGCUCCAACUUCACUCAUCCGGCUGUACGGAGAUAUGCUGUCACACGACUGAAACAAGCUCCCGAUGAGGAACUGUUGUUGUACCUUCUCCAGCUCGUUCAGGCUCUCAAAUAUGAGAACUUUAAUGAUAUUAAAGAGGGUUAUAAUCGACUGUUUCCUGGACGAGAUACAUCCGUGUCAUCGCAUGAAGACACACAGAGUGAACGAACAGCAGUCAGGGAAACCAAAGAUCCUCAUGAAACUACAAUGAAGAAAUCUUUGAGUUUAAAUCCAACAGAACAGAGUGUGGGAUCUGAUGAUGUAUCUCCACCAGUUGCAAGAUCUAACUCCCUGCUUGACAAUUUAGUACAGAACAGUCUUCCUGCAGAGCAGCCAGAUUCAAAAUUAGAUGCUGGACAAAGAGGCCAGUGGGGAACAGAGAAAGAAGAGACUAAUCAAGAUCUGGCUACUUUUUUAAUACAAAGGGCAUGCCAGAACUCAGCUCUAGCCAACUACUUUUAUUGGUACCUUUUGAUAGAAUGUGAAGAUCAAGAGCCAGCUGUGAAACAGGACAGCAAAGUGCGUGACAUGUAUCUUACUGUCAUGAAGACAUUCUCACAGACAUUACUAAAAGGUAAUGCAGAAUGGAAAAAUCGACGGAACUUUCUGUCUAGGCAGCAGACAUUUAUAGACAAACUUGUGCGACUUGUCAAAACUGUUGCUCGAGAAAGUGGUAACAGGAAAAAGAAGACUGAACGGCUACAGGCCCUACUUGGCGAUCCAGAAGCAUUCAAGAUUAAUUUUGCAUCAUUUGAACCUCUACCAUUUCCACUUGAUCCUGAGGUGCAUAUAAAAGGAAUAAUUCCAGAAAAGGCAACACUCUUCAAGUCAGCACUGAUGCCAUCGAAAUUAACGUUCCUCACCACAGAAGAUACAGAGUAUGUAGCCAUUUUCAAGCAUGGAGAUGAUUUGAGACAAGACCAGCUCAUUCUACAAAUGAUCACUUUAAUGGACAAGCUUCUUCAAAAAGAAAAGCUAGACCUCAAACUCACACCUUACAGAGUCCUAGCUACCAGCACACGACACGGUUUUCUUCAGUACAUUGAAUCAACACCAGUAGCAGAAGUUCUUGCAACUGAGGGUAGCAUACAGAACUUCUUCAGGAAACAUCACCCAUCAGAGACUGGGCCAUUUGGCAUUGCACCAGAUGUUAUGGAAACCUACACUAGCAGUUGUGCUGGAUACAGUGUUAUCACGUACUUGCUGGGAGUUGGUGACAGACAUUUAGACAACUUACUUCUCACAACAUCUGGGAAACUGUUCCAUGUUGACUUUGGUUAUAUAUUGGGUCGAGAUCCGAAACCUCUACCACCACCCAUGAAACUGAGCAAGGAGAUGGUUGAAGCAAUGGGUGGAAUCAACUCAGAAUAUUACUACAAGUUCCGCAAGCAGUGCUAUACAGCCUUCCUUCAUUUGCGCAGAAAUUCAAAUCUGAUGUUAAACCUGUUCUCCCUUAUGGUGGAUGCAAGUGUGCCUGACAUUGCGCUGGAACCAGACAAAGCAGUAAAGAAGGUUCAGGACAAAUUGAGACUAGAUUUGGAAGAGGAGGAAGCAGUCAGCUAUAUGCAUGCAAUACUGGAUGUAUCUGUAACCGCUGUAAUGGCUGUUCUUGUUGAGCAGCUGCAUAAGUUUGCUCAGUACUGGAGGAAGUAACCAUACCACAUCCUUGUUUGGAGACCCUCUGCUUAUUCUUCAGCCUCUUGUUGAAAGGCUGAAAUUUUCUUUCCAUUGAAGAUUGAAGUAGAACUUAAGCAAGACUUACAUUGUGGUACAAAUAUAAAGAUUAUGCUGCUCAUUGUGCAUCUAUUGUUUUUUGUGACACGUGCAGAAGUGAAUGUGUUUGUGCAGAAUGUGAUUUGUGUGAAUUGUUGUAAAAAUAUAUUAUAAAUUAUAAGAGGUGUGAGGCAGUUACAGGACAGUUCCUGUCAUAGAGAUUUUUAUAUUGAAAUGUGGUAAUACUAACAUCCUUCAGUGUAUAUAAUUUAAAAUGUAAUACAGUAUUACUCUUAGUUUAAAUAAUGUGUAAUGAGGGAUGCCAUCCAUAAGAAAAAGGCUGAAGGAAGAAUAUAUUUUGUUUUGUAAAAUACAAUAGUGAAUACGUUUUUUCAGAACUAUUUUAUGAAAACAGAUGACAUAUAGAGCAGAAUGUCUUGAGUUACAAAAUUGUCCACAGUAUGGGAUUGAGCCUAGUUGAACUUCAUCUAAUGUUCCUGUUACAGAAAACAGUGUUCUGUUUAUACCUGUUUUUAAAUUAAGUCUGUGCUUGUACUGUUUAGUAGGCACACAAUUGCGGCUUUAUUUUGUUUAUAUCCUAAGUUAUAUAACAGUGCUUUCUCAACUGUAUAGGUUAUGUAGAGUUGACAGACUAUCUAGGAAGGGGAAGGAAGUACCCAGUACUGUACUGAGUUUGCAGAAAGAUGUUCCAUCAGUCUCUCCACUCCACAUCUUCCUUUAGCUGUUGUACUAUUCUCUGCAACAUACUUCCCUAUAUUCCAUUUCAGUUGCUUAACCUUUUUCUUCACAUAAAUUAUUUUAUUGAUAACCUUUGCUAGCAGCAAGCACUUAGAGCUUAUUGACAUAGGUCAGAGGAAGGCAGGAGGAGAGUACAGCAUCAGGCAGAGAUGGGAAAGCCUCAAACACCAUCCCUGUUAUCUGUAUAACUUUUUUCCAUGGCCUCAGUACUAACUUCCAUUUUUAUAUAGCAUGUCAGCUACUUUACUAGCAAUUUCAUAAUUUAAGCUUUCUCAUUUAUUAGAGGAGAAAACUUCUGUUGGAGUUUCAUCAUUACAAGACAAUUUAAAGCAUGCAAUGUGGUCUAUACACUGGUUAUGUGCACUGCACAUUUGAAUAGUACAAUCUUAACAGGAAGAAAAGAACAGAAGAAGUGGCAAAUAUUUUUGAUCUUAAAGCAGAAUAUAUCCCAUAUUUUCCAACAGCCUUUGGGGAAGGGGGGAGACAAUGUUUUGAAAGCAGGCCCAAUUUCUGACUCCAGUUAAAAGAGCAAAACAACUGUGUUGGGUCCAUAAGAUAAAAUUAAUCUCUAUCACAGUACCAAGGUAGAUGGAAAUUAGUUUGAUUUUUUGGAUUUAAUGUACUAAAACAUUUAAAUUAAUGGUUCUGAUAGUGCCAGGAUAGAAUGACACAUCCUUUGAAUGGGGCUUCUCCCUGAAAUCUAACAAAGCAGUAAAAGUUAUAUAUAAACUGUUUAGUUACACCUCUGAUGUUUUUCAUAAGUAUAGAUAUAAUGUAAAAUAUAAUAAUUUUGGGAAAUUUCAGUAAACUCAGGUAUUUCUUGUAAAAUAAAGUGAUGUCAUAUAUUUAAA